AUGGGGCAAUUAACUAAAGCAGAGCGCGUCUCGUUGACCCGAGAUGACGAAGACGGAUGCGACCUAUUUCUCGGGCUGGUGUAUGGGUUCCAACCCCCAUCUCCGGGCGCGAUGGGAUACGAUCGAGGGACCCGCCCGACGACUCGUCCAUAUUUCUCCGAAUCUUUGCCACCUGCUCUGCUACACGACCGGGGAGGCAUAUUCAUCAGGUCAGAUGAAGGACGGCUGCUGGUGUUAACAAGACAAAGAAGCGAACAUCGGAGAAGAUUCUCUGAACGAAAUGAAGGACAGCUGCUGGUGUUAACAAGACAAGGAAGCGAACACCGGAGAAGAUUCUCUGAACGAAGUGACUUUUUUUUCGACUGCAAAUCGAGGGGCAUUUCGAAAGUCUCGAUUGAGCAGCUAACUUCAGACGUGUGUGAUAUGACUCAUCAUGCGAUGCUUGCAGUUGGAGGUGGGCUAGUGUACCGAGUUGAGAAGGAGGGGCUGAAGCCUGGACACUGCUGGCCCCACACAUUUGUGGGCAAGUUCUCCAACCUUCUUUUGCAGACCAGGGUCUUGACAAGUUUGGAGAACUUCUCCGCCAGGAAGUUCUCAAAAACUUGUCCGCAAGAUCUUGGCUCCAGUGACAUUGUGUGGACAACGAGAAAACCCUAUCGGUCGUUAGCUGUGAGGGCUUCAUAA